CGUUUGACGCACAUCACGUUGCAUGUUAUGUUUUCGUGUUGAAGCAGAUCAUCGAUACAUCCUGUCACAAUACUUUGGCUUUUUCAACAGUUUAGCGAGAAGUCUGUGAAACAUCCCUUCUCUACAUUAAGGGGAGUUGAAAAGGUCCAUCGGCACGACCUAAACUUUACUUACAGACAGAGGCAGAAGUUAGCAUUAUUCGGUGGCUAGAAGGAUCAUUUUUGACAACUACGUAACGUGAGCUACAAGCUAACCGAGCUAAUCAAGCUGUUUUUCUGAGUUUUUCUUUUACCGGGAGGGAAUGGAGAAAGCUAAACAAGAUGCAUUCGACAGUGCCAGACUCCAAGUGAUCAAAGAUGGCUAUGAGAGGGCCUUUGAGUGCAUAAAUAAAGGACUGUCUGUAGAUGAAGCCGGAGACAAGACACAGGCCCUGGAGCUCUACAAGCAAGGGAGGAAGCACCUCCUCAGGGCCAUCAGUGUGCCUUCCAAGGGAGAUGAGUGUGUCGGCAGCUCCUGGGCAUCAGCCAGGCAGAUGCAGCAGAAGAUGCAGGAGACGCUGGACAACAUCACCACUCGCCUGGCCAUACUGGAGACCAGCUCUGACCUUGAAUCUACACCUACACUGAACACUAGCAGUAAAUCUGACCCUGAUGUGGCAGACACGUCCAAAGAAGCACUCUACCCAAAACUUCCUUCCAAAAACAAGCCAGAUCCACCAAACCAACUUUCUGCUAACAGCCAGACAGCAGGGGCUAUAGGAGGCAUGUCUGCCUGCAGUAGUAAGGGUCUCCCCCUCUCACCCACCAGACAGCCUGUGGGUCCAGUGGAGCAGCCUCCAGCUUACUCUCCUCAGGCAGCUGAUGGCCACCUCUCUGUUUCAUAUGGGACAGAUGCAGGGGAGAUGUCUUUGGUUGGGGAAGAGUUCUACAGUCGUACGUCUAACUCAACACCAUCUCCCCAAAGUAUGGGUGAAGACGGAGAGGAGCUGAUGUACAUCCCUCAUGGUGUACAGAUAUUCUAUGUCACGCCUGAAGGCGAGGUGAGCGCCCCGUCGUACCCGGGCUACCUGCGGCUGGUGAAGUUUACCAGUGAACACUCCGACAGUAUGCCACACCGCCCACCAGCUUUUCUGCAGGUGUGUGACUGGCUGUAUCCUCUCAUGGCCGUGGACUCCCCUGUGUUGCUGUGUAACACUGGUGUGUUUAUGUUUCCGGACAUGAUGGCGUCGGCUCCAGGUUAUUAUGUCGGGGUGGUGUUGUCCUCUGAGCUGCCUACUGUUCACAGAGAGCUUUUCCAGGACCUGCUGUCCCAGAUGACAGAUCUCAGGGUACAGGCUCCAGAAGAAGCUGCAGAGACCAUUAAUCUCAGUCAGAAGGUGUCCAUCGCUACGCCUCAGGAGACUGCAACAGGGGUCACAGAAGAGGAUGAGAACGAGGAGGAGAAGGCUCUGCCUGAGUGGAGUGAAAAGGUGGCAAGCGGGAUUCUGACAGGUGCAUCAUGGCUAAGCUGGGGUCUGGUGAAAGGAGCUGAGUUCACAGGCAAGGCCAUUCAAACAGGGGCAUCUAAACUCCGGGAACACAUCACCCCGGAGGACAAACCCACCCACGUCAGCCCCACAGUCAGCAAAGGCCUCCACGUAGCCAAGCAAGCGACAGGGGGAGCCGUCAAAGUUAGCCAGUUUCUAGUGGACGGGGUGUGCACCGUCGCUGGCUGUGUGGGGCGGGAGUUGGCUCCACACGUGAAAAAACAUGGAGGCAAGCUGAUCCCAGAAUCUAUGAAGAAAGACAAGGAUGGGCGUUCUAACAUAGAUGGAGCCAUGGUGGUGGCUGCCAGUGGAGUGCAAGGAUUUGCGACUAUGUGGACUGGUUUGGAAGUGGCCGCAAUGAACAUCACUACAAGUGUAGCAUCAGAGACCGUGAGCACCGUAAAACACAAAUUUAGGGGUCUACAAAAACAUCUUUGACUCACCUAAAGAGAAUAAGUGACAUUUUUCCUAACUAAAGGAAGCUAUUCAACUUGUUUCACCACUAAUCACUAAGCACAACUUCUUUUAAUGAAUUGGCUGUUGCUCAAAGCUCUGUAAAAUCGUUGAUGCUAUUCUAAUUCACUGCCUGUGUGGCAAUUCACUAGAUGGUACUGCUUUUCAGUUAUUCCUUUAUGUUUCUAAUGGUACUUUCCCAAUUUGCAACUUUUCUGUCCUGCCUUAAAUUUAAAUCUUACAAUAUUCUAGGAUUGUGUUUUAGUUGUAUCACUGCAUUAGCCCAAAACAAACAUUCCCAUCUGAAUAAGUUAUCAUUUAAUGGUUUCUUCAUUAAUUUAAGCAAAUAUCAAUAAUUUGGAGAUUUUGGACUUGCAUGGGUGUAAUGCUCACAUAACACUUAACAUACACCAUGGCCUCUUUGCAUUCCUUGCACUGCUUACUAAUUAUUCUCAAAUCCUCUGUUUCUCGCCUCGCUGUGACCUCUCAACUUAAUCUAACUUCUGAUGAAGGUACGGGGCUGCAGCAGGACAGGCCACAGACCACGCGGUCAAUUCUGCCAUUAAUGUCGGUCGCACUGCCUUCAAUGUUGACAACCUGGGGAUCAAAGCUAUAGUGAAAAAGACGGGCAAGCAGACGGCGCAUGCCAUUCUGGAAGACUACAAGUGUCUGGAAAAACCAGAGAGUGGGAAGCAAGUGGAGAAGUCGGGCAAAUAGCUGGUAUUAAACUGCCUUAUUAUCUCAGCAAUGCCUUAAACUGUAAUUCUAUCAAAUAAAUCUAUAUUUAAUUUUCACUAUUUAUAAAACAUGUUCUGUGUUUAAAAGAUAACUACUGUUAUUUGAAGAUCCUAUAGUUUAAUUCUCCUAAGCACUUUAAUCUUUAUGUAAAAUGGACCUAAAUGAAGAGAAACAGCUAAUUAUAUAACCAAGAUUAAGACAUGAUUAUACAGUAUGUUGAUACACUGUAACAUUGUAUUAUCAAUUCACUUGAAGGAUAUCAGUUUAACUCUGCUCUUUAUACUAAGACAGCACAGAACUGUGGACUUGGCACGGGAACAUUUCCUAAUCUUCGUAACACAUCUGUGUAUUUGAGUUUUUCCCUUAUAGGGUGAGUGCAAUUUAUAUACUUUGAAUGAAGGAUUAAAAUCAAUAUCUAUAUUUAUCUUCAGAUAUCACCCUAUCAGACCAAAAAGUGUUUUCCCUGUGUUGUUUAAAAUGAGAAGUAAUCACUGCCUCUUACUGUGCCUGCAAACAUCUAACUUUAUGUAAAACUGAAGCUGUCUAUACCAACAUGUAUUUUUGUUACACCGUCAUUAAGUACCGGUAAGAAGAUGUUGAUUCAUAUAGAGUAGGGGUGACUCAAAUGUUAAUGACUACUGCAACUCUUACUAGUCUAGGACUAUGAAACCUAGAUGUGUGCUCUGCUACAGCAUGAGGUGUGUUCUUCUGAACUCAGUUCUGUGAAUAUUGUUUGAUAUUAAAUCUAUAUUUUAUUUUAGUGGACGAAACCAUUUAACAAGCUCUGAGCUUUGGUGUGAUGAUAACUUUGCAAACAAUUUUUCUUUUUAAUGAUCCGAUUUGUGCUCAUCAAAUCCAGCUUUAAGGUAAAAGUUGUUUUCAAGUGGCUUUCAGGUACU